AUGUUCCACUACUGCUGUGAGGGUUUGGACUUGCCUUUCCAGGGCAGUGGGUUGUGGUUCGUCGCCCUGAUUGUUGGUGGUGGUUGUCAUCGAGCAGGAACAACAAGGUGGAAAACUGAAGUGAUUGACAGCCUUUUUAUUCCUCAAGAAGCUGAAUUAAUCAAGAGUAUUCCUUUGAGUGCUACUCUACCAGCAGAUAAAAUUGUUUGGACUGAAACUACCAAUGAAAAUUUCACUGUUAGGAGUGCUUAUAAAUUAGCGGCUAGUUUGUUUAAAUCUACAACCUGUGGAACUACUUCUGAUGGUAGUUUAUUGAGGAAGUUUUGGAAGAAAAUUUGGUCUUUGCCCGUUCCUCAUAAGGUGCGACACUUUUGUUGGCAUGCUUGCCGUGACACUUUACCAACCAAAGUUAAGUUAAAGAGGCGUAAUGUCAUUGCUGAAGACCUGUGUGUUUGCUGUCAUGAUAUGGCUGAGACAACUGGUCACGUUUUUUGGGGCUGUACUAAAGCACAGGAGACUUGGGCUGCAACAAAAUUACAACUUCUGCCUGCGGAUGUUCAUAUUGACUCGUUUCAAGAUCUACUAUGGUUUGUCAUGGUGACUAAUGCAGUUGGUGUGGAAAAAUGUUCACAACUUGUAAUUACUGCAUGGGCACUCUGGAGUAAAAGGAAUGAGAUUCAUUAUGGUGGUGAAGCCAAAACAGGUCCGGCCUUGGCUCUUUGGGCAGCAAAUUAUCUUCUGGAAUAUCGGUCUGCAAUGGAUUUAGAUACUGCUGUUGCAUCAGACCCGAUUUUGCACUUACCUGAAGCACAGCCACGGUUUGCAGUGGAUUUAGAUAUUGUUGUUGCAUCAGACCCGGUUCUGCACUUACCUGAAGCACAGCCACGAUGGAGCUCUAUUCACAUCAAAGAAGCAAGCGGGAAUUGGUGUUGUGCAGAAAAAUUAAAGUUCCAGCGGGGACACUUGAAGUGGAAACUAAAGCCUAUUGAGGCAGAUCUGUUACUAGCAAGAAAUUUGGGGCUGCGAGAUGGGGUGUUGGAAGGUGAUUCCUUGACAAUAUCCAAUGCUGUCAAACGAUCUGCACUAUCGCCCACCUUUGUUGUUACUGUUGUGGAAGGCAUUCAUGAGUUAGGUGCUGAAAUUGGUGUUGUCAAUUUUUCUCAUGUACGCAGGAUUGGCAAUAAGCCAGCCCACAUUCUAGCAAGACAAGCUCAAAACCUUGUCAAUGAUAUCAUUUGGAUUGAAGAGAUUCCUUAUUAUAUUCAACAAGCUCUUAUCCAGGAUGUUCUUGUAUUGUGA